AUGACAAGAUCAGUACCAUCAAUACAAUGGUUUAUAAAACAGUAUAUGGUCAAUUGGAACGUAAAUGGUAACAACUGUUCAAGUAUUUCUAAUGUUUCGACAAGUUAUUUACAAUGUGUAUUAAAAGGACAAUAUGAAUCUAUAUUGGCAAUAAAUUUGGUACAUAAUAUACAACCUUUGGACCAAGGAGAACCAACUUUUGUAGAUAAACUCGUAUUCCCUAGCAUGACAACUUUCAAAGUUUAUUUUAUCUCCCAACAAAAGAACCAAUCAUAUUCCUUAUUGACAAUGUUGGAUAACGAUAUAAAUAUAAACUUAAAGAUUAUUGAAUUGCAAACAAUGCCUAUUUCUAUUUCCAAUAGUUUUCCAUCUAAUUUGGUUUCACUUGAAAGAUUAUCAUUUAACUUUUUAUUACCUUCAGGUUCAAUUGAAAUAGGAGGCAAAAGAUUAAGAAAUAUUAAUAUCAAUAGUGCAGAUGUUUCAUUUAAAAAUUGUCCUAUUCUCACUACAUUAUUAUUAGCUUAUAAUUCAUUUUCACCUAGUGAUUUUACUCAAUUUCCUUUGUUAGGAAGUGUAUCAUUAACAUCAUGUAAAUCCCCCCUAUUAAAUGCUUCUGGUUUGAACAAUUUGUUUUCAUUUAAUUCAUCUAUCCCAAAUAUUCCUGGACCAUCAUGGAAUUUAUAUGAUAGUAAUAGUAACGGACUACUACAAGAAUUUAAUGCACCCACAUCAAUGAUAACUAUUCAAGGAAAGCAAAAUGUAACUGUUCAACUUUAUGAGUCAUUUUGUCAGUUCGGUUCGAUAAACAUUCCUGGUACAACCUUGAUUAAUACUAGUGUUCCCGACUGUUUCUAUUGUUAUUUUGAAGAAGGAGUUAAUAUAUUUCCUCCUAACAUGCCAGUAAAGCCGGCUUCAUAUAUUUGCCGUAAGAUUAUAUUUUUUUUAAAAUCUAUCUCAUUAGAUAAAAAAGCUUUUAAUAUUAUUGAUUCAGGAUAUUCAUUUUAUCUCUAUGGUAAAAAUCUGGGUUAUGGAAAAAAUAUUAGUCCGUAUCCACAAUUAUUUAUGUCAAGGCCAAAUGUAGCAUUUUUAUAUACUGCUAAAACACAAUAUGGUAAAACACAAAUAUCUUUUUCAACUUUAAAGAAUUACAAUUUCGAAAUACUUUGGGGAUUAGAACUAUAUGUAAAUUAUAUUCAUAGUAUUAAUUUAGAUUCAGGUGAUUUAAUACUUAAAUCCUAUGGUCGAUUUAAUGUAUAUGCGCCACUAACAAUGACGGUCGAAGGUUCAAAUUGUACAGUCACAUAUAAUUCAACAAAUGAAUUACAUUGUUUAAUUCCAAAAUUCAAAGCUUCAACACCACUUUAUGUGAAUACAUCAGAUUCAAUUACUUUUGAUGGAACUUACUCAUUUACAGGCUUAGAUAUAUCUUCAGUAGAAUAUGAUUCAAGUUUAAUAAUUUCAGUAAACUUGGGACCAAAACCAUACAAUGUAAGAUUGUACUUCAAAGAACCAAAUUCUUGUUAUCAAUCCUACACGAACAUAACUCAUUAUAUAUGUAUUCCGUUUAAACCAUUAUAUCCAUUUAUUACCUAUAAUUUGACUUUGGCAGCGAAUGGAUUUAUUCAAGACACCCAACUCUACUAUGUUUCAAAAGAUGAUUGUGAUACCGAUUCAAAAUGUAAUGGAAAUGGAAAUUGUAUUAAAGGAGUGUGUAGAUGUAAUGAUGGAUAUGGUGGAUACUAUUGUCAAGCACAACUUAGUCCAGGAGUUGUCAUCCUUCCAAACAACACAAUACCAUCACCAACAAUCAUCGUUAAAGAUGGAAUGAAUUUCACAUUCAAUAUCAUUGCAAUUCAAGAGAUCGAUGAAUUAAGUUCAGUUGUAAGAGAAUUGAAAACAGAUAAAUGGAUUCAUUCAACAACAGGAAAUGAAACAUUCAGCAUCACAACAUACAGUUUACAAACUUCGACAGGAGGAAUAGAUCAAAUCAAUUCAACAAUCGAAUAUUCAAAGAAUAGUAGAUUGAUUGAAUUUGCAGGACAAUCAACAUUAUAUCCAGAGAAUAGUUUGAAAUUGAUGAUCACAAUCAAUAAUUGGUCAUUCAAAGACAGAUUAAAUCAGUUGAGGAUAUUAAUAGAAUCAAGUUCAUCUAUUACUAAAGAAGAUUGUUCAACAGAUUUAGAUAUUUCAGUGAAUAAUGGAUCAGAUGUUAGCUAUCUUCAAAUGACAAUCGGUGAUCGAUCAUUCUAUGGUAGAUUCCUUCCUUAUGCUCUGGCAGACGAGAGAGUGACUUUUGUUAAAAAUCAGGUUGUAAAUCAAACCAAAGACAGUAUAUUGAUUGGAAUGACACUUCCUUUUUGUAAUAGUUGUGUGAUAGAUCCUGAUUUUUCAGUUCUUAUCAACACAGGUGGUAAAAAUGAAGUUGGUGAAUGUGGCAAAGAUAAUAAAUUUGCAUCUUGGAAGAUAGCUACUAUUGUAGUUGUGGUUGGUGUUUUUGCGAUUACCAUUGGAACUGCAACAAUGUUAUACUUGAAAAAGAAACAAAAGUUUUCAAAAGAAAGAAAAAAUAUGGAUGCAAAAUUAAAUAGGAUAAAAUAA